AUGAUACCAUUGAUUAAAAGUUACUUCGGAUCUGGAAUCACAAAGAGAACUUUGAAAGGAAUGGACCUUUCUGAAUGUCCAAACGAUGUCUUGGUUGAAAUAUUCCUUCGACUUCCUUACAUUGACGUGGUUCGCUGUUCCCUGGUAAGAAUUUUGCAUUUAUUUGUUGAUUUUUAGGUGUGUCGUCAGUGGAACAGCGUUAUAUACAAUCAUCGAUUCUGGUUUCAAAAGUUACGAUCUUCUAACAAACUAGGAUUUCUUGCGCUGAAAGAUUUGAAGAAGGUUGAUAUUGCGGAUCUUCAGAGACUUAUUGCCUUGAAUGCGUUUGAACAGAAUUUGAUCCACGAUAAUUAUGAUGAAGACACUCCGAAGUUGGACAUUCGAUGGUCCGAUUGUCAUGCAAACAGAAGAAGGUUUGUUCUCGUUUCUGACUUUCAUUAAAAUUUUUAGACAUAGGGAAUGGAAGAUUGAAUCCCCUCCAUUAUUUAUUAUCCCACAACGGCUGGAUACAGAAAAAUUAGAUCAAUGCGAAAGGCCAUUCCAUUCCUGUAUGGUGAGCUCAUAUUCUGAAUGUGCAAGAUGGAUAACAGUAAAUCUCCUCGAUUAUGGUCUGUCAAAGGAGUUCUUGAACAAACACAAACCUACCAUUGUGGUCACGGAGUUUUAUACGAACCGUGGGGAUUGUGCUUGCAGGUACAACAUCUCUGCUUUAUUCCGGAAUUCUGAGUAAGUUUUGAAUUGGGUUCCAGUUUUUUUUUCAGAGAACCUGACCUCAAUUCACAGCCGGAGAAUGGACGAGCAAUGUCUUUUGAUGCUGUAAUUGAACAAUGGGAAGGUGGGUGGAUCCAGAUAAGAUCAUACGUACGUAAUUAUUUUAGAUCAGUAUUGGCGAAAGGCCGAGAUUGUGUUUGAAAAUUACCCAGACGAUGUGUAUUUGAUAGAUGUUGUAUCGAGAGGAAAGGAUCGCCAGUUUUGGGCCGGAAACUAUGGCGUUAAGGUAGCCGGGACAUCUUUGGUCGUCAAAUUCAAGUUUAAUAAGGGGUCUACGGAAUCUGAUAUCUCAGACAGGUGAAAUUAACGAGUGAAAUAAUUAUCAUUGUGAUAUAUUAAUUUUUAUGAACAUAUAUUCUAUUAAUUUCCAUGAAUACGUAUAUUCUCGGUUGCCUUAUGUCUGCCAAAUAAAUUGCUUAUUAAAUUUAUUUGAUAUAGUUUAUGUGUUUUUAUUCACCGUACUUGUUUAUAUUAUUAACAGUAACUAAUAUGCAAGAUUUACAGAUGAGUCUGACUUUAUUAAGCGAUCGAUAUGAAAGUGAAUAUCCCAGUUUGGUCAGAGAAGUCUUAGAUCAUUGUAGGUUCUGGGUCUCACUUUAUAAUAUUUUUUUAGCUUCUUCAGAGACGUUGGUCUCCGCUCGAUUGGCCGAAGGAGGGUUUUGUGGACUCAUUUGCCACAAAGUCCUUUUUGUUUGGAAUUAUGAUUCAGAUGUAAGAAAUCAAACUUGUUAUUAUAUUUGAUUUUUAGAGUGAAGAUUUACCUCAUGCUUUUCGUCUUUCUUUGCCAUCUACAGGAUUACAAUAUGGAGCGAGGAAUGUGUGUUUCUACAAACAAAGUAAGUAGCUGUCCCUAGGUUUACAUGUUUUAGCAUCAAAAAAGAUGCCCUCGGUAUUGGCGGUGAGCCCAGAAGGAUGUAUCCGACAUUGGUCUGAGAUAGGGAAUCCCCAUAAAGACAUAAAUGUUGAUCUCCAGAAUGAAGUUUCUCAUUCCAUCGUGCUGUUUGAAGCAAAAGGUAAGUACUUUUAUUAUUGUUGACGCUGUUGUAGGCUCACAGAAUAAGUAAUUUAUGUUGUAAAAGUUCAGAAAUUUAGUCAUGUUCAUGAAAGAAAUCAAAAAACUUUGAAAAGUGCCGAAAAUCGGUCGAAUAACGUAGGUAUGGAAAACUGGGUAUGUAUGACAAAACCCCGGUUGAGGAGUCUAGGAUUUUUGCGUAGAAUAAGGCAUUCGCAUGGUGUUUCAAGAUACGUUCUGAGGGUUUUUCGCCCUUACAAACCAAAAUUAGGCAGUGUCGGGAAAAUAACGGCGGGUCGUCGCGCCUUGAAAUCGCCCAUAAUCGUUUUGCGACGGCGGCCGCGGCUGGAGAUUUGGUGCGCGAUAGCGGUGAGGCGAGACAUUUUGAUGCGACGAUCCGCCGUUAUUUUCCCGACAGACUGAUACAAAAUUGCUGUAAACGGCUUUUUUUCAGUUCACGUCCAUCGAUUCAUCUUCUCCACUACUACCUCAACUUUUUAUUUGGUAGAAGUUUUCCAUGAUGACAGAAGAGCUGAACAUCUUGUUGUUCGGCCGUUGGAUAUGAAUACUCAUGUUGGAAUCGGCAAAAGGAUGAGUGUUUUACUGUUCGGAAAUCCUUCCAUUGAUCGCGAAACGUAAGCUUGUCAUAAAAUACGCUUUUAAGUAAUAAGUAUUAUUAAAUUUAAAUGGUUUAGGGUCGUCAAAGUAGUCCCAGUGGAAGGGGAGGUCAAUGUUCACAAUGCAGAAUUGAUGGUAAUCUUCCACAAGGUCAUCAGAUUCUACUCAGUGUCCCAAUCCUCCCAUCUUUUUGCCAUUGAAACCCAUGAUCUUGUAGUGAGGGCAUUGGAGAAAUUGGUAAGACUAGGCUCUUCGGAUUACAUUAAUCAUUCAGGGUAAACUCACUGACAACUUGAAACACUACCUGCUGGAUGCCGUUCCGUACAAUUCCGGCUUCUUGGUGCUGAUUUCUGUUAACAGUUUAAAACACGAUUGUCUCGACUUUUACCUUGGUAAGAGUACUUGCUUUUUUAUUUACACUUCAGGUUAUGUAAACGGGGACACUUCAAAGACAAGACAAUUCAUCGCUUUUAAUCAACUGAGUAUCCCAAUCAGAUAUCGAAUGCAGGUAAUCUGUUUCAUGUCUUAUACAGGGUGUGGUGAGAAAUAUUCCGGAAUUUUUUUGCGAAUAUCUUUGUGCUCUUUGCUAAGGGUCAGCGGAGACUUUUUUUUCCGGCAAAGGCCGUUUUAGAGAUUUGGCUUUUGAAAAUCAUAUUGAAAGUUUUCUCUCGUCAGAUAAACUUGUUUGGUUUAUGUUUCGGACCACAAAAUUUGUCAUAUUUGCUGUCAGAUUGAGGUUUGCAGUCCGUUUGCCCUAUUGGACUGCAAACCUCAAUCGAUCAGACUUUAAUUCUUAAACCCAAAAAUUUGCAAGAUUUAAGGGAUACCCUAAUGGCGUGUACUAAAGACGCACGACUUCGAAUUUUAAAAACAAUUUAAAUUUCUUGGAUAGCUGCAAAAAAACAAAGAUAUUCCGCAGUAUUUCUUGAAACACGUUGUGUAUGUAUAACUACAAAUUAUAGGCCCCGAUUCAUACCGUUUCUCUUCCUGUUGUUCGGCUUCAUACGCCGGAGCAGAAAGAAUGCAUUGUGGUGUUUAACAAGUUCAUUGUUCAUAUAGAUAAUCCCGAGGGAGAUGCCGACAGUCGGGUGUUGGAGAGUGUCGAGGAAAGAGUUAUUGGCUCUGAAACCAUUGAUGGGCUCUGCCAUAUCGUCCUCAAGGACUCGGGAGUGUGUGCAUUACGAAAAUUGCCGAGGUAAGACACUUUAAAUGAUAAUAGAUCAUCGUUUAAGGGAUUUCGAUCUUCUAUUUUACAAAAGAACCAAGAAAGCCCUGCAAAUUAUAUAUGAGGAUUUUAUGGGGAAGGACUUUUCUCAACUGAAAUCUGCAUUCUUGAUAUUUGCGUCAAAAGAUCUCUACGAAACGGAACAGUUGUUUGGACCUUUAAAGGACCUUGAAGAUGAAGCUAUCGCUUCUUUGGUUCUUCAAUUUGUUUUUAAAUUUGUGGAUCACGAACCGAUUAAUGAUCCCAGAUGGAGAGGAGAGACCGGACUGGUUCAUUUCGAACAGAAUCCAGCGGUUGUGAUCUUGUCUCAAUUGAAUGGGAAAUUGGCUUUCUUUAAGAUGUUCUUCUUGUUUCUAAACUAUUUUAAAGUUACUAAUCAAGUAAGUGAUUGAAAUUACUUUUUUUGCGAUUGAUUAUGAAAUUUUGUCGAUUUCACAAUGUACAGGGUCUUACAAAAAACGUGCAGGAAAUUCGGGGGCUAUAACUUCCGGUGGAUGCGGCUCAGAAACUUCGUUUUUGUAAUAUGUGUUUAAGGGAGAUUACUUUUGUCUAUGAAAUAACACGAUUUUAAAGUGAAAACUGACAUCACUACGGCCUUUUGAAGUAGGAGCGUUUUUACCCCAAAAACCAGUUGUUAGUUGGAAAAUGACCAAGAAAUUUCGGAUUUUUUCGGUUGAGGGUCACCGAGAAGUCUCACGAGGAAAGUACUUUGGCUCCUACAGCCAGUUUUUGGGCAUUUUUGACCCUUAAACCGAAAACUUAGCAGCUAAGUUUUAUAUAUUCUUGACCAGCACAAUUUCUCGUAUUUUUUGAGAAAAAUGUUCCGUCAAAAAGUAGGAGCCCCCAUAAAAGUACUUUCCUUGUCAGAUUUUUCGGGGUUUUCGAUAGAGUUGAUAUUGAAAAAUUGCGUAUAAUAAAUAUAAGAAUAACUCAAUACUUACUCAAAGAGUAUGAUUGCCAGGAAAAUUUUGUAAAUGUCUAGCUAAAAUCCUGGACCGGUCAGCCAAAGGGUCAAAAUGAAGGGUAGGCGAAUUUUUUCUUUAAAUUUUAAAAAUUUUUUUCUUUAAAACUUUAAAUUUUUUUCUUUUUUUUUUAAUUUGCAACAUGUUGGCAAUGCAAUAUCUUUUUUUUCAUCAUCAACUCUAUCGAAAACCACGAAAAAACCGACUUUCAAACGAAAAACGCUGUUAUUUCAUAGACAAAAACACCUUUUAUCUUUCGAUUUACCCGGCCUUUUGAGAGAUCUGUUGGUACGAACCAUCAAGAAAACAUAGUUAAGGUUUCAGUAAUGAAUUGUUUUGACUUAUACCAUAGCAGUUACCGGUAUAGACCGACAACCAUAAAUUAACCGAAUACGCCAUCGUAAGUUCCAAUUUUGCUGAAUCGAAUUGCACGAAAGGUGCCUAUAUAACAAAUCAAGUCAUGUAUUCAUAAAAAACGGAUAAGUACAGACCUCCAACUGGACAACGCUGUUUUUAGUUGCUACAGAAAAGUACAAGAAAAGGCUGCGCUAAUUCUGCGUACCAUCGUUUGAAUUUACAUCAAUAUUCUCCUUGAAUAAGAGCGGAUUAAACAGCCCCAAAACUUGACAGACUUUCAGUGUUAUUUGGACGGGCAUUGUCAGAAAAUAUAUUCAGCAUCAUGAAAUUUCCAGUCUGAUGACAAAUAGUGCCGAACGGCUUCACUUUAUGACGCAAAAACGCCGUAUCUUGAAGCCGGACAAUGGUACCCUAAAACCCGGAUACUUUUCGUAUUUUGUCUAUGAAGAAUUACUAAAACUUGACAGUGUUCCUUGAAUGUUUUCCGUACCAACAGAUCUUUCAAAAGGUAGGGUAAGUCGGAAGGUUACAAACAAAAUUAAAACGCCUAUUGCACAAUGCGUUUAAAGCGCACAAGUAUGAAAAGUGGCACUCUGCAUUGGCGUGAGGUACCGAAGACACCACCUUACGGGACAUAUUGUGCCUCAGGGCAAUGUCGGGCUCAUCAAGACGUCACUUUCAAUUGUCGGAUAGUAUAAAUUUAUUUUUUUAGAUUGAUGUCCGUAUUCCGGAGACUAAGGAAAGAACGGCAAAGACGGUGUUCCUGGAGUUGGGAGAGAAGCUGAGGUCGAUGAUCGCACUUUUCAAACUUCUCACGAGUUCGGAAAUGCCUGUUGUCAGUGGAACUGUCCAGCAAUUGGCCAAGGUCUUCAAGACCCAAUUCGAUCACCCCAGCAAUCGAAAUCUAACCGCUUACGACCAUUUCUUCAAAGAAGUCUCUCAUUUCGAAGAAUUUAUUCCAGAAUUGGUUAAAUUGGAAUCUGAAGAACUGGACCAAUGCCCUCAGGAUUACCUGACCCGAGCUCAAGUUGUUACGGAAGUUGGCACCGCCUUGACAAAGAUAUAUCAAGUAGUGGUCGAGACUCGAGAAAUGAGCACCAGAUUUGACAACCAGACAUUGACCUGGAUGAAUGAGCCCAAGUUACUUAAGUAUAUUGACAAACAUGUGGGUGGUAUUGUUAAUGGCUAUAAUAUUUUUAUUUCAGCUGAAUUUUGCCGUGGGUUUGUUGAGAAAAGAAGACGCCCAGUUAACUGAAAUGAAUUUGAAUGUUCUCUUAAACCAAGUCAUUGUUUUGACGAGACUUUUAUACAAUGGAUAUGACAAAAACAAGAGAAUUUCUUGCACAAUUAUAUCCCAAUUGUAUGAAAAUGGGCAACAAGAAGAAGCAUUAAAGUUGGCUGAAGAGUUUCAGGUAGGAAUAAAUAGUAUCAAAAAUUUGAAUUUAUAUUGGUUUCCUUCGAGACCCCCCGUCGAUGUUUGCCCGAAAAGGUCAACAUUAGGGUAAUCGAUGGCGCAGAUUUCAAAAAUCAUGUUCCUUUUUUCUGAUUUUGACUUUUCCUUAAGUAGUAAUGUUAAAGAGUAAUUUUUGGAAUUUUUUCUUGGUUUAGGGGUUUUCGAGGGUGCUGAUUUCGAAAAACACGUUAAUUUUGCUCUUUGUUGUACUAUAUAGUACUAACUGACGCGUCCCGAAUUUUUGGGUCGGUCAAUGGUCAAUGAUAUAUUUUUAUAGGUAAUCGAUAAUGCUGAUUUCAGUCUGGAUGAGAAGCAAAUCCAUACAUCUGAUAAUCUGUUCGGAACCAAUUUUCACUCUGCCCACAAAUUUUUGGGAAACCAGAAAAAAAGAACAUGAUUUUCGAAAUCAGCACCUCGAAACCCCUAAAUCAAGUAUUUUUAGCAAAAAUUUUAAAGUCACAACUUAACAGUACUAACUACCAAAAAAAGUAAAUACAGAAAAAAUGGAUGUCAUUUUCGAAGUCCUCGCAAUUGGUUACCUUACUAACCCUUAUUUCUCGGUUGGGGGUUUCUUUCGACACGGGGCCCCGCGGGGUCCAUUUCGAUGGUUUUCAUUUAUAUUCGGUUUUUAGGAUUUCAAUUUAAUAAUCAAACAUUCGCAUACUGCUCUUUCUGAUGGCGACCGCAAGAAUUACAUUGCCCAGAUGAAGGAAAAAUUCCAAGGAAAAGACUUUGAUUUAAUUCUUUAUGAUUAUUACAGAAAGAAUGGUACGUUGAGAAAAUAGUUUUUUUUUAACUUAUCGUUUACAGGCAUGGUUGAAUACCUCCUGGAAGAGAAAGGUGAACGAUUGGAAAACUUCUUGCGGUCCCAUGAGAACAUUAAUUGGAUCAGAAACAUUGAGAAGAAGCAAUAUCGCAAGGCCAGAAACUUUUUGAAAAAUAUGAUGAUGGAGACAGAAAACGCGUCAAAGAAGGGCGUAAGUAAAGCCACGUUUGUAUUCAUUGUUCUGAAGACUGCGUUCUAAAUUUGACUUUGUAGACAAUUGCUGCUUUGGGAACAUUGUGCGCAUUAUGUGAGGACGAAGAGAAUGCGACGGAAAUCGCCGAAUUCACAGAAGUUAUGAAGAUUGUCGAACAUCAAGAAGCUAUCGAUUCCGUCGUUUUGAAGGUAUUUAAAAUUUUUAAUUUUAGAAGUUUUCAGAGGAUUAAUCCGAGGAACCGGCCGAUGAAAGUAAAAGAUAUUAUUGACGCCUACCUCCAGGAAGAUGACUGUCGGGGAUUUAUGAAGGCUCUUAUAAUGGUCGCCUCCCUUAGGGCAUCUACUAUUUCUCCAAUUGAACGAAAACAAAGCGAUGAAUUUGUGAAGCACAUAUACAAGAAGAUUUUGGCGUCAGAUGAAUGGAUAAAGCUUUCGGUGGAUCCGGUUCAGUUUGAAGUGAAGGCUCAAUGUUCGAAGUUAGCAACCGUUUUACACAGUGUUUUUGAAUUGGGUAGGUAAAAAACGCACAUCAGUAUGUCCUAGGUAUCGCCGACAAUGAGAAGAAAGCCCUUCUUCCCAAUGUGGAUGAUGUUGAUAAACUUAUCGAACUUGACCAUCACCGCAGUGAUCUCUUAAAACGAUUUCUCUCUUCUGAAAUUUCUAACGUCAACUUCUGUCUGGACAAGGACACCCAAAUGGAGGACUGA